AUGGAGCCCCAAAGUCAACAUGGCAGCGGUGGCUCGCUAGUUGUGAUUCAGCAGCCUUCCUUGGAUAGCCGGCAGCGGUUGGAUUAUGACAGAGAGAGCCAGCCAGCAACCAUCUUGUCACUGGACCAGAUCAAGGCCAUCAGGGGCAGCAAUGAAUACACCGAAGGUCCAUCUGUGGUGAAAAAGCCUGGUCCGCGGACAGCACCGAGGCAAGAGAAGCACGAAAGGACUCACGAAAUUAUACCGAUUAAUGUGAAUAAUAAUUAUGAACACAGACCCAGCCACGUGGGGCAUGUGGCGCAUCAGCAGAAUGCGAGGGCUCCUGUCUUGAGCAGAUCAACCAGCACAGGGAGUGCGGCCAGCUCUGGGAGCAACAGCAGCGCCUCCUCAGAGCAAGGGCUUUUGGGGCGGUCACCUCCAUCCCGGCCGGGGUCAGGCCAUAGAUCCGACUGGACAAUCCGGACGCAGCCCAAGCAGUCAUCUCUAGUUGUAGAUGAUCUGAAGGGUCCUUUGAAAGAGGACUUGACGCAGCACAAGUUCAUCUGCGAACAGUGUGGGAAGUGCAAGUGUGGCGAGUGCACGGCGCCGAGGGCCCUCCCUUCUUGCUUGGCCUGCAACCGGCAGUGCUUGUGCUCUGCGGAGAGCAUGGUGGAGUACAGCACCUGCAUGUGUUUGGUCAAAGGGAUCUUCUACCAUUGUUCUAAUGACGAUGAAGGGGACUCUUACGCGGAUAAUCCCUGCUCUUGCUCCCAGUCACACUGCUGUUCUAGGUACCUGUGCAUGGGAGUGAUGUCCCUGUUUCUGCCUUGCUUGCUCUGCUACCCUCCUGCAAAAGGAUGCCUGAAACUCUGUCGGGGGUGUUACGACCGCGUCAAUCGUCCAGGGUGCCGGUGCAAGAACUCCAACACGGUCUAUUGUAAACUGGAGAGCUGCCCUUCCCGGGGUCAGGGCAAGCCCUCAUGA